UUCACUCAGGAACACUGUAGAAGAAAGUCCGUCUCAGACUUGCCUUCCCUCAAAAAAGACCUGCUGGACCGGUACUACCUGGAUUGAGAGACGGAGAAAAGCAGAGGGAGAGCUCGCUCACACUGAGAGGAGGAGACAUGCUUUCGUGUAAGUCAGUGAAAUAGAGAGCAGGAUAGUUUACAGCGAGGCAAAGAAAAGGAAAACGAGAAGAGAAGAAGAGCUGAGCAGGCAGGAAAGGGUGGCAAGUUGGAGAAGAGGAGGAAGAAGAAGCAGGAGAAGAGGCAGAAGUGAAGUCAAGAACAAUAAGCAAGGGGAGGUACAGUAACAACGCCUCACGGCACUUUCUCUCCUUGUUGCCUCUCUCUUUACUCUUUCCUUCUCUUUCUUUCCCCCCUUCGGCGAAGAAGCAGAAGAAGAGUUUUUUGAAAGGUUCAGGGGGAGGAGAAGCAGCGUGAGAGCCUCAGUGGUGACUCUUAGAGACAAAGUCACGCUUCAGAAGAGUCAGCGGGAGAGGAAGAGCGGCUGUCUUCAGGGGCAUAGAGACACAUAAAAGGGACUCGGCUACAAAACCACAAACACACGGGCAAUUAGCUGGCCGUCAGAUAACACUGAGCAGACAGCACUGGCAAAAAAAAAAAAAAAAAAAAAAAAAAGUGACUGAAGAAGAAGAUCAGAGCAGUUCAGGACAGACAUACUGAAAAACACACCAACAAAGAGAAACAAGAGAGAGAAAAAGAGGAAGAGCGCUGGCCUCUCCGUUAUCCUUGCAUAUCCCCGUCUUCCACCCCCUGGUCUCCCAUCCCCUCUCAGCCGAGAUGAUGAUGUAUUUCUGGGGUAACCAAGAGGCCCCAGCUCCCCCUGAAGCCAUGGCCCAACCCUUCCCACCAGCCCAGUACCCCCCUCCACCACAGAAUGGGAUCCCAGCUGAGUACGCCACACCCCACACCCACCCACCUGCAGACUACACAGGGCCAAGCACAGUGGCUGAGCAUGCCCUGACACUGUACACUCCGACACACACACAGAGCGAACAGCCCGGAAACGACAGCAACACCUCCGCCCUCACAGCAAACACAGUAACGCAGUCAGAGGAGGUUGCACAGACAGAGGGCCCCCAGCAGCUCCACCUGCCAUCCAGUGAUUCAUCAGAGAAGCAGCAGCCUAAGAGGUUACACGUUUCUAACAUCCCUUUCCGUUUCCGAGACCCUGACCUCCGGCAAAUGUUUGGGCAAUUUGGCAAGAUUUUAGACGUGGAGAUUAUUUUUAACGAGCGAGGCUCCAAGGGCUUUGGGUUUGUAACAUUUGAAACGAGUGCAGAUGCUGACCGUGCACGAGAGAAACUAAAUGGUACAAUCGUAGAGGGACGCAAAAUAGAGGUAAACAAUGCCACAGCCAGAGUAAUGACCAACAAAAAGUUGGCAAACCCUUAUACAAACGGCUGGAAGCUGAAUCCAGUGGUUGGAGCAGUAUAUGGCCCUGAAUUUUAUGCAGUGACAGGGUUUCCAUACCCCAGCACAGGAGCAGCCGUGGCCUAUAGAGGGGCCCAUUUGAGGGGGAGGGGUCGCGCCGUCUACAACACAUUCCGUGCUGCACCUCCCCCUCCACCCAUUCCUGCCUAUGGAGCUGUGGUCUACCAGGAUGGCUUUUAUGGAGCAGAAAUAUAUGGAGGGUAUGCUGCGUACAGAUAUGCCCAGCCAGCUGGGACUGCUGCAGCUGCAUACAGUGACAGUUAUGGCAGAGUCUAUGCAACAGCAGACCCAUAUCACCAUACGAUUGGUCCUGCAGCCACAUACAGUGUGGGCACUAUGGCUAGCCUUUACAGAGGAGGGUGCAGUCGCUUCACUCCCUACUAGAAAAGAGAGACACGCCCCCUUUCCUUCCUGCAAAACACACACAAACACACACACACACACACACACACACACACACACACAAAAACAGCAACACAUGAAAUGAC